CCCAUGCCCUCUCUCCCCCCCAGCCCGCUGGCCAUGGAGUACCUGAAUGACUUUGACCUCCUCAAGUUUGAGGUGAAAUCUGACACUCCUCCACUCGCUCCUCCUUGUCCAUAUCCCAAAUCUGGCCUGGCCUACGACCCCUCCAGCUCACCGUACACCAGUCAUCCUCCACAGGACUCCAGUUUGAGCUCCAGCCCGUACAACUCGCUGCCGCCCUCGCCGACGCUCAGCGACGCCCACCCGCCUCCCUCAGGCUCUUCCUCCCUCUCAUCGUCAUCCUCCUCCAUCUCGUUCCCCUUCUCCAUCUCGAACAGCUUCAACUCUGGCAUCAGCUCUGGCUCUCAGGGGAAUGUGGAGGGGAGCCCGGCCCACAGCGGCCCGCAGGGUCCCACUCCGGCCUCGCUGGAGGACCUGAUCUGGCUGGCAGCACUGCAGCAACAGUUUGGGGGAGAGGUGACAGGGCCUGCCACUCUGCUGGGAGCAUUGGGAGGAGUACCAGAGAGAGGGGACAGAGAACGGGGGCCGGUAAAUGGCUUCCUGGGCUGUGAGGAUGCUGUUGAGGCCCUGCUGAACUCAGCUGCUGCAGCAGUCAGCUCACAGUUUCCAGGUCUCUCUCAGAGUUCCAGCAGCAACCUUGGCGACUCAAGCAGCGACAGCGGUGGCGACAUCUCCUGCACCAAGGGGACAGACAUGUGCCAUCGCCCGCUCGUCUUCCUCUCGUCGGCCCCUGCCUCGCUCCCAAACGCCACCCAAGCCUCAGCUCCCUACCCGCAGCCUCUCAGCCCCCAGGGUCGCCUUCAUCACCACCAGCAUCACCAUCAUCAGCACCACCCGCAUCACCCAAUGCAUGGCAGCCAUCACCAUCACCACCACCAAAUAGUUACUUGUGUUCAACAGUGUGGGGCAAACGACCGCUUCUCUGACGAGCAGCUGGUGAGCCUGUCGGUUCGCGAGCUCAACCGACAUCUGCGUGGCGUCAGCAAGGACGAGGUGGUGCGCCUGAAGCAGAAACGUCGCACACUAAAGAACCGUGGCUAUGCCCAGUCCUGCCGCUACAAGCGCCUACAGCACCGCCACGCUCUGGAGUCAGAGAAACAUGUGCUCACACAACAGUUGGAUCAGCUGCAGUGUGAGCUGACUCGAGUGCUGAGGGAGAGAGACGCCUACAAGGCCCGCUACGAGAAGCUCCUCAGCACGAACCACGGCGCCGGCGGCGAGGCCCCACCGACCCGCCCCAGCAACCCACCCGCUUCCCCACCCCCCGACUACUUCCUCUGA